GAGGGCGUUCGGCUGAGGUCGUGUCUACACACACGCGGUCCCUUCUCUGUUACAUCGCGUGUGCAAUACGCCCACCAAGUCGCUUUCUAGCGUCUUCAUAUCAUAUGCACUCUCUUCUCAAAGUGUGCUGUUAGCGCGCCCGCGAAAAGGGACGAAUAUCCAUCACCCCCCCCCCAUCGGCAAAGCCCCGCGUCUGCGUUCCUAAAGUUGCCGACCCCUGAGCGCAACAUUCUCUUGAAAUAAAUCGACAUCCCCGAAAGGAGAAGUGAACGUCAUUUAAAUAUAUACUUUCGAAGUUUUUUUUGGCGGAAUUCUGAAACAAGAGAUUCUUUUGGAGAAGAUGUCCGGAGAGAUGGAACUUGGGAACCACGUUAGAAUUCCAAAUGGCAGCGAUAGCGACAGCAGCGAUGGGAUCGGCGAGCCACGGAUAAUCGACUCCGAAAACGUAACCAUCGCAACUGCGAGCCAGUAUGAUGACCAGGCUGAUACAGAACGAGAGAAUUUCAUCCACCAUGAUGGAAAGGUGCAUUCAAAGAAGCACCAGGUCCAUGAAGGCAAGACAUCAUAUGGCAUGUCAAUUUUCAACUUGAGUAAUGCCAUUAUGGGCAGUGGCAUUUUGGGAUUGUCAUAUGCCAUGGCCAAUACUGGAAUCAUUUUAUUUGUAGUUUUACUAUUCGCAGUUGCUGUGAUGUCCUGCUACUCUGUACAUCUGCUGCUGGAAACGUCACAUUCGGCAGGUACAAAGUCGUACGAGCAAUUGGGAUUUCUGGCGUACAAGCAUGUAGGAAAGAUUGCAGCAGCUGCGGCAAUCAUGUUGCAGAACAUUGGUGCUAUGUCAAGCUACCUCUACAUCAUAAAGUACGAGAUGCCGGAAGUUUUAAAAUCGCUGAUAAAUGCACCAGUGGAAGAACAAAGCACAAUUGUACAGUAUUUGUUGAAUGGAAACGUACUGGUGAUAAUCGUUGGAUUUCUGGUUAUCCUUCCCUUGUGUUCACUUAAAAACAUAGGCUUGCUUGGGUACACCAGCAGCUUCUCUCUGGCCUGCAUGGUUUUCUUUCUAAUUGUGAUCAUCAUCAAGAAGUUCCAGAUAUCCUGCUUGGUAGUAACCACGGUGAACCAAACUGAAGCGUACACAUUCACAUACGACACGACCGUUAACGAGACGCUGGGUGGCACCUGCCCCAUUUAUCUCGGAUUGUUCAACUUCAAGACGGCGUACACCAUCCCGAUCUUGAUGUUUGCGUUCGUGGCUCAUCCAGAGAUCCUGCCAAUCUACAUGGAGCUCAAGGAACCCACCCAGAAGAAAAUGCAGCAAGUUUCCAACAUAUCCAUGUUUGCCAUGCUUGGAAUGUACCUGCUCACGGCCAUCUUUGGCUACUUAACAUUUUAUGGCGGCGUAGAAGCAGAGCUGCUGCACACGUUUGUGAAGCUGGGCGGCUUCAGUGUUGUCAUCCUGCUCGUGCGCCUUGCCGUGCUCAUCGCCGUCACUCUCACUGUGCCCGUCGUGCUGUUCCCGAUGCGGAGCUCAGUCGAGGAGCUGUUCUUCCGCACCAAAACCUUCAGUUGGUUCAGGCACAUUGUUAUCGCAAUGGGGUUCCUGGUACUUGAUAUCUUGCUCGUCAUUUUCGUGCCAUCGAUCCGAGAGAUUUUUGGCUUCAUAGGAUCAUCUGCGGGUACAUUGCUGAUCUUCAUCUUGCCUUCGCUUUUCUACUUGAAGUUGGCGACACAAUCUCGAAAAGAAAAAAUUGGCGCCAUAAUGUUCUGCGUGGCGGGGUUCUUGCUGAUGUUCGCGAGCAUUGGUCUCAUCAUUACAGAGUGGUUACGGACUCCUGUAAAGUGGAGUUAAAAACCACAGGACUGAGGCAAGGGCCUACCCAAACCACCCUCACCUGGCACAAGAGCAAAACAGUGGAUCUAAUUUCUGCUGGUCACGCUUGUAAUUUAACUUAAAAACAAAUGUAUCCAGAAAUGACUACACACAAAAGUUUACUUGAAUGUAUAAAAUCAACUCAAGCCACGUUAUUAAACAGGUGAACAUUGUCAAUUCGUGAAGACGGCCCUCGACCGGAAGAUUAUGCAUCGCCACAGUGCUUAUGACGUACCUGGCAUUUGCUGGGUGUGGAAGGUGACGUGAACUUGAAAGGCUGUCAUCCCAACUACUUAAAUGUUUUUUUUUUUCACUUUACCGAGCUUGUUUAGUGCGGAAGCGUUUAACAUUUUUAAGGUUGGGGGGGAAAGAAAGGUACACCUGUAAAUAAUUCAAAGAUAUCUCAAUUGAAAUGCAACUUGAUAUUAAUUUACUGUCUUGGAGUGGUGGGACUAUUUCCUGACAAGUUUCACUGUUUUAUAAAUGUUUAAGGCCAUCCAUAAUUUGUAAUGUAUACAUGGUUCGUGGAUGGAAAAGGACCUUUAUUUAAGUAAUGUGGAGUCCUUUUUUUACCUUUCAAAUUCGGUUUUCCUAGUUUUUUUUGUCAGUUUAAUCCAAUAGUCAUACACAUGUGGUACAUUUGUGCGAAAUGUCAGGUUUCAUUUGCAGGGAUGUUGGUCCUAACCUUGGCACCUGCAUUUUUGUAGCUGCAAUGCAGCAUGUCAGAAAAAAACAUCCUGGUCCGAGUUCAUUUUGUGAUCAACUCUGCAAAGUUGGGCCCUAAGGGCCAUUUUACACGGGAACAUUUUCGGGCAAUCGUCACCAACAAUCUUUGCCGGCAGUAAAUUGCCUCACCAUCUCCAAUAAUUUUAUAGACAGAACCAUCACUCCCUUGAAUGCCUUGCCAGUGAAUACUGCUGGAACGAUUGCUCUGUAACUGCCCCCAAGUGUAUCGUGGCCCUUAACGGUUUUUGCAGAUGCACAGCUGUAAACGGUGAAAUUGAACAAAAUAACGCACAACACUGCAUGCCACCAAACAAUUUUUUUGUUUGGUUCUUUUUGUACUCUGGAUUUAGUUUUCCCAUUGCAGAUGUUUGCUUAAAAACAAUUGGCCAUAACACCACAGAACGCUGGGUAUUCUUACCGCUACUUUGAUAACUGUGGAUGCCACAGAGCAUUACAUUUUCCAAAUUUCUGAAAAAUGAUAAAAUUGCAGGCUGUGCUUUUUCCUUUCCCUGCAGCUUGCAAUAUACAAACAUCAGCUAUGAAAUUGCAGGUGCCUCCAGUGUUUGGUACGACAUGGAUCACAUCCACGCUGUGGUAUGGGAAAAUGGCGUAUGCCUGUAGGAAUUGUGUGCUUGUGUGUAUUUACCGAGCUAUACAAAAAGAACGUGUUUAAGAACAGGAAAAUUGCAUGUGACUGUCGUAUACAUUUUUACACCGUACAACCGAGCCUUGCCAAAACCCCCACCCUCUUUACGGCUCAGGAGGUGGUGCCAGGUUGUCUUUCCACUGCAGAACUCGAGGCGUGCAGCCGAAUGACACACAAUGAACGAGCGAUGUCAUCAUUGCACGUUCAUGUGUACUGACACAGCGCAUAACGAUAAUUAUUCAACUUUGUCCAUGGCCCCUGCUUGCCCUCGGGUUCAAAUAAAUUGAGGCCAGCGUAUUCCCGUUUGGUUCUGGCUUGGCACGGCAAACGGCCAGUUGGGAAGAACCCCACCCAUACUGUGAGGGUGGGGGGGGGGGUCCAUCCUGGUGCUGAUUGGAUGUCGGUGGAAAAAUGAGUAUUAGAGCCAAUCAUGUUUUCGUAACGGAGCGAGUCAGCCAAUUAAGGAGUCUGCACUGUGAAGUUCAGUGCAAACGCGAUGUUCAGCUCCAUUUAUAAAGCUAAUAAAAAGACCAGGAGACACGUGUCCCGUUCAGCCGUUGUGCAUAUGCAUUGGAUAAGCUAGAAAUCCAAAAGCUGCAGAGGGGAAUGCUUUUUACGGUCCUUUUAGCUGUACAAAUGACCAAAUUGGAAGUGUAGAUUUUUCUUUGAAAAAUAUAAGCUAUUGCAAAGCUAUACUGCUCUUGUGCUGAUUAAUGUUUUACAUACAAUCCUCAGCCGGGCAGAGAACUUCAUGUAGCAUCAGACAUUCGUGUAACUCUACGACUGAAUGCCAUGGACAUAAACAGAAAAGAGCUGCGUAACUUAUUUAUAACUUUGCAUGCAAUCAAGAAUAUAAUAUCCCCCCCCCCCUCCAUGUAUCAAUGCCCGUGGUAUCAUGACGAACGUUUCGUAUGUUGUGAUGCGAGAUUCUACCACUCGGUGCGUUUUGUUAUUUAUAUUAACGCGACUUAUGGAUUUUGCAUUUGGUCAUUAGACCUUAUUAUUGUCUGGCAGGCCUUGAACAUACAUAUUUUUCAUACCAGGAAUUUUCACCGGAUCAGGCCCAUCUUUACAAGUGAAAUUUUUUUUUUUACUAAUUUUAAAACUUGCAAGGUACAUGUUUACACUAACUUUUAAAUGCAGAAAUGGGCCAUGUGUAUCCUCUGGCAUUCAUCUCAGUGAAGUUCGUAAAGUUAAUGAUAUUUACGAGCAUGCUGUGAUGAGUGUUUUCAGAAUACAGCAUUUUGGUUUAACUCCGACAUCGUUUUGGCAGUGCAGCUCGCUUCACAGUAGCGUCCUGUCAUAGUAUUGCAUUUUUAAAUGCCGACAAUCUUGUACCAGGACACAAGAGUUGAGCAAGUGACUGAUUUAAGUCUAAUUUAAGGGCAUAACUUAAUUGUCAGCAUCUCGCUAUUUAAUAAGCCUUGUGAUAACUCUGAACUGACAAUCUCAUUAUGGAUGCCAAAGAGGACUUCCCACCACCUGUUACAGGGAACGUUUGCUAUCGAGAGAUGCACUCCAUAUUUAAGCAACCUCCCCCACCCCUAUUUUGCAUGGCUUUAUUUAAUGUAUUUUCAAAAGACAUUGACGACACUGUUUUCUCAACUGUAUAUAUUGUAUGUCGAAUCAAUUGCUCGGUUUACAUUCCUUUUGAGGACCGACAACCACGCACUCAUUACUCUAACACCCCAGUCUAGGUACAAUGAUCUUGGCCGUCAUGCACGAUGCAGGCAGCGAACCUCAAUAAGUAUAAUGGUAAGAUUGAAAAAUCAAUUAUGCUGUACAUUUGCUUGGGCUUGCUUCAAAUAAUUGUAACAAAAAUCUAGAUUUUCAAAGUAUGACAACAGAAGUGGAGUAAUCUAGAAAUGCGUCUCUAAGUCCUUUGUGUUUUCAGGGUGAAUUGUGUAGUUUCCCUUGCCACAGCCACUUCUGCAGAGUGGUCGAUUGUGAACCUGUCUCGUGCCUCGCUUAUACCCAGCAGACCCGUUCAUGUUGACGGCUGCAGAAGAGUUGUGGGUGGUCAGCAUGACGGUAUUGUCGUCUUGCGUCUACAACACACGCCCAAAUAUUACUGACGGGCAUAUGGCGUGCUUGCAAUGCAAGCUGCCUUGCGCAUCAUCCGCGUGCGUCGGCGUGAGGGAUCGGUACGUUGUGUCAGCUGUUCAGGGGUGAGCCAGGCCCCACGGCAGUGCCUGUCAAUGACGUGCUUGUAAGCGUCAGCCCCCCCCCCCCCCCCAGGUAAUGCAGGCCCAACUAAAUGGAAUUUUUCCUUGCAUAGACAGCAUUUGUUAGCGUGAUGCUGUCUUUCAUGGUUUAUUCUGUUGCCUUGGGUCUUCAUUGGUUAUGGUUAGUAACAUUGUUACCUCAACACUUGCUUGAUUUUAAUUGUUGGCUACGCUUGGAAUCAAUGUGCCCGUGUGACAUUGUGGCUUAAUUUAUUUUUACCUAUUUGCUGGGUUUAAUCACGGAUUGUUUAAGUGGAGAUCAAUUGGUGAACAGUUGGACCCAGUUCUAGAAGCUUAUCUUGAAACAGUUUUUAAUUUGGGUGGCAUUUCUUCAUCGUUUUGAUUUUAGGAAUGUUGACGUUUUAAUAAAAACAUUAACUAUCAGCACUGCUUCCAACAGCGUUUAGGGUAUUGUGUCCACACUGGCAAUUCGGCUAGCUGCGGUACACCCUCGCCACUUAAAAACAUUAUUUGGCUUCAAGAGACUCCACAAUGUAGUUUAUACUCCUUUGCAUUAGUGAGUAGGAAAUAAACAUGGGAUUUGUAGUCUCGUUCUAAUGCAAACUUAGCUUCUGAAAUAUAUCACCUUUGCAGUUCCACUUUUGGCUGGGAAAGGUAAUUUUAAUUGACUAAUAACCUCCCUGCGCAGGAAAUAAAGUUCCCUAUGAAUCGAGACAUUGCCUACAACCUGUUGCAGGUAAAUUCAGGAAAGUUAAAGCCUAAAUUGAAAAUUUAAACAUAAAUAGACCCAUGGUACCAAAGUUUUAGCCAAGCCAAUGGCUUUUUUUUACGUAACUUGUGCGAGGCAGGGAAACUCACGAUUGGUGUCCCCUUGUGAACAAGGAAUUACUGGCAUUUGAUGAAGUAGGAUGCAUAUUUCUAAUGUGUUGCCUCCUGUAUUAUUUAGUGUAGGGGGGUACCGUUGCAUCUUGACAACCGAGCGAAAUACUGUUGGCGUGUGGUGACAUCGCUGAAUUGUGCACAAACUGAAUCGGGGGGAGGGCCAUGAUUCGAUUGUUGUGGUAGAUACGGAUGGCCAGUUAAUAAUGUUUUUCUUCCCAAUCAAUGUCAUUUUUGUAGAAAAUAAAAAAUGUUCAUGUGGAAAAUCUGAUUUAUAAAAAAAGGUGGUUAAAAUGGCAAUGAAAUGAAUUGCGUGUGCGCUUGUUCAAAUUAAUAGCACUUGUUUGUAUCGUCUGGAUGGAAUAGUGGAUUUCCUGUUAACCCGUGCGGCCGUUUGAACCAUCAAUGCAUUCAUCAGACAUUCGUUCUGAAAUGUGAGCGUAAGGAUUUUACUUGCAACAAAAGCCAGUUUUGAAAAACUUUUAAAAUCCUGACGGCUUGUGUGUGUAUAUAUAGUCUAGGAAUGUAAUGUGUAAUCAUUACCUUAUCCCGCUUGUACAUUACUUCCUUAGUGGGCAGGCAUGUUCUGCUUUUUUACAAGCUGUACAUAUGCAUGUAGAAAUAAAAAUUUUGACGCAUUCAA